CUUCACACACAUCAACAGAGAGAGAGACAGAAUACGAUUUCCUGCAGAGGACAGCUUAGCUCUCUGUGGUUUGCUCUUUUAGUUUUUAGCCUACUAAACUAUGUUGAGAAAAGACUUGCUUUGUUUCUACGUUUCCUGGAACGUGUUGUUUUGUUCUUUAUUAUGAGUUCGUGUUAGCUAAACAUUUUUUUAUUAGUCUAUAUGACUGCAUAGAAGGUUUUUACAUUGAAUAUUAAAUUCUGGAGCUCCAAUAUGAAAUUCAACGGAUAUAUGAGGCUUCGUAUCAGGGAGGCGGUGGAUUUAAAACCAACAACUUUUUCAACUCGUCACACUUUUCAUAAGAAAACCGUCCUGGAUCCUUAUAUCGUUGUUAAAGUUGAUAAUCUGAAAGUUGGACAGACCGCCACAAAAACGAAGACCAACAAACCGACCUUCAAUGAUGAAUUCUGUCCAUACAUCACAAAUGCCAAAGAGCUGGAACUGGCUGUUUUCCAUAACACUCCUAUAGGAUACGACGAUUUUGUCGCCAAUUACACAAUCCAGCUUGAGGAGUUGAUAACGUCGUCCAACACAAGACAAACGUUUGAAGGAUGGGUGAAACUGGAACCCGAGGGGAGUGUGUAUAUCACCAUCACUCUCACCGGCUCCUUUACAGAUGAAGAAGCUGUGAAUGGACUGAGACCUCAUAAAAAGUUUACAAGAAAAAGGCAAAAAGCUUUGAAGAAAAGAAAGGUCCACCAAGUAUAUGGACAUAAGUUUAUGGCAACCUUCCUUCCCCAGCCUACUUUUUGCUGCCAUUGCAAAAACUUCAUCUGGGGUGUUAUUGGAAAGCAAGGUUAUCAGUGUCAAGUGUGUGCGUGUGUGGUUCACAAGAGGUGUCAUGAUUUGGUUGUUAGUGAAUGUACACGUAUGAAGAAAGAUUCAAAUGAGGGCCAAAGACAGGGCUUUAGCAUCAAUCUACCACACCAGUUUAGAGAGCACAACUAUAAAGUUCCCACAUACUGUAACCACUGCGGAUCAUUACUUUACGGCCUGACUAAACAAGGACUCCAUUGCUCUUGUUGCAAGAUGAACAUCCACAAACGCUGUGAACAGAAUGUUGCACUUAACUGUGGGGUGAACAGUGCUGAACUUGCUAGCAAAUUGUCAGAGAUUGGAUUGCUUGAUACACUUCCUAAAAGAAAGUCUAAGAGUUCUCUGCACAUGACAGGAGUAAAGCAUCAGAACUCCAUUAUAACCGUACAGCAAAUGGUUAAAGAGUCAGAGGAAGAUACUGUUAAAGUUGGCCUGGAAGACUUCAGUUUCUUGCAGGUUUUGGGGAAAGGCAGCUUUGGCAAGGUGAUGUUGGCUCGUCUAAAAAGUGACCACAGGGUGUUUGCUGUAAAAAUGCUGAAGAAGGAUGUCAUACUGCAAGAAGAUGAUGUAGAAGCAACCAUGAUUGAGAAGAGAGUGCUGACUCUGGCUCACCAGCAUCCAUUUCUUACACAGCUCUACUACUGCUUUCAGACCGCGGAGCGGUUAUUCUUUGUCAUGGAGUUUGUGAAUGGUGGUGACCUCAUGUUCCACAUCCAGAAGUGCAGGCGUUUUGACGAGCCACGAGCACGGUUUUAUGCUGCCGAGAUCAUUUCAGCUCUUAUGUUCCUUCACUCCAAAGGCAUCAUUUACAGGGACCUCAAACUGGACAACAUUCUCCUAGACAGAGAUGGCCACUGUAAACUGGCAGAUUUUGGCAUGUGCAAAGAGGAUAUACGUGAAGGCAAACUCACUAAUACCUUCUGUGGGACUCCCGAUUAUAUUGCACCUGAGAUCAUCCUGGAGGAGCCGUAUGGUGUUUCAGUGGACUGGUGGGCUCUGGGGGUGCUGCUUUACGAGAUGCUGUCAGGUCAUGCUCCAUUUGAAGCAGAGACUGAGGACGAGCUGUUUGAGUGCAUUCUCAAAGAUGAGAUCAUUUAUUCAUCUUGGCUCAGCAACGAGGCAGAGGACAUACUUAGAGGAUUACUCAGCAGAGACCCAGCGUGUCGGCUGGGCUGCAUGGAUAGAGAUGGAGGAGAAGAGGCCAUCACCUCACACCCGUUCUUCGCAGGACUGGACUGGGAGAAGCUGAACAGACGAGAGAUCACACCACCUUUCACUCCUCGAAUAGAUUCUAUUGAGGAUGUGAAAAAUUUUGACCCUGACUUCACUCAAGAGGAACCCUGUCUUACACCCAUCGAGGACAGUUUCUUUCCUGUCCACCAGGACGAUUUUAAAGACUUCACCUACACAGCUCCAGAGCUGCGACGGCACUAACAUCAGCUGUGAUUUAUUUAUGUUACAUACAUAGAUUAUAUGUUACUUUCCCUAAUGAACUCCUUCUAGCGAACUAGUGAACUUUUUGCCAAGUCUGUCAAGAAAUAUGGAAAAGAUUCAGACUCGAAGAAAGCAAUACAAUAUACUCCACAGGACCACCCAGACUAAAGGAUUAUUUGUAAAGACAAUGACAGGAAGACAAUAACAAUCUCCUGAACUGAUGCGUUUUGAAAUGUUUUUAUCUGCAUAAAUGUAUACAAAGUCUGUCACAUUUUUUACAAGCAUAUGUUGGCAAGUGCUUUGUCUUCCAGCUUUAGUAAGCAUGGACACAAAUUGAUGUAACUUACAUUGAGCUGUUAUUACAGUGUAAUGUGUUGUUAAGUUAUGUGAUGUGUUGUGUUGUAAAGUAAUUCUAACUAAAGUCUAAAUUAUGAACUUGGAGAAUCCUUUUGUAACAGGCUAUAAGAGACAAUUUCGGUUUACCUAAAGCACAUGUGACAACACACAUCACCUGUCCAGUUCAUUGAAUAAUGAAAAUUGGGACUUGUGGCGUGAGAUAGAAUCAUAAAACUUUCAUGAGAAAAGAAAAACAAAAAAACAUAUCCUUUACACCUCAAAGGACAAACAGAGCUGCGGUCAUGUCACAUUUCUCUGUAGAUGUGGAAAUCCUCCAUGAAUAAUUUAUUACCCUUGAUUCAUUUGUUGUUCUCACGAACUUACCCAGUAUUUGAAGCAGCCUUUAUACACUGAUAGUACUCCAUCAACUACUGCUGCACACUGUUAAUGGGGUUAAGACGCUUUUAUGAGCAUAAAAUAUUUAACUUGAGGUCUUAGCCAGCUCACCUCUUAAGCUUAAUCAGUUGGAAUAAAAAACAGUCUUUUUUUAUUUUCUA